CAGCGGGAAGGAGGCGUGUGCCCGCAGCGCGGGCCCGCUGGUGCGCGCGGCCAUGAGCGCCUAGUUGGACGCGCGCUCCGCCCUCCGUCCGCGGGGGAACGCAAUCCCCGAGACCCGCGAGCGCCGGCAGAGUGAACACACUGCAGUCAUAACAUCAGGCAUCUAUGUGAGGAAAUUGGACUGUGAUAAUUCACCAUGGCUUAUGGCUUGCCAAGAAAGAACACAGUGAAAACCAUAUUGCGGGGCGGUUGUUUUAAAGUACAGGAACCUUGGGAUCUUGCACUGCUUACAAAGACCUGGCACAUGAACCUAGCCAACAUUAAAUUGCCUUUCUUGGAAGAAAUUACAUUUGGUAGUCCUUUUUACCUCCAAAAAAAUAAAACCACUAAGAGUGCUCUGCUCCCUUCUGCAGAAUCCAUCAAACUUGAAAGGGAGUAUGAGAUGAAGCGCUUGAAAAACCUGAAAUGUCAGAAAAUCCUAGCUGAGGAGGUUCAGUUUUCUCUAAGGGAAAGGCAAGUUGGUUUGAGAAGACCCCUUCCACCUAAGUGACCAUCAUCUCAUAAUUGAAUCUGUACUCUGAGCUUUCCACAUCCAAAGGCAAUGAAGGUCUCCAGCCUUUCACAGUGUGAAGUUUGGUGCAGACAUGAGUACCCACUGGUGGAUGAACCAGCUCCUGUGGGUUGAUGGACAGCUCUGACAGAUCUUCUGUGUCCCUACCACGUACUUGUUCCUUUGUGUCACAAGCAACUACACUACCUUAUUAUGUGGAAAACUCUUAUUUGCAGAAGGGCUAGAGAAUGGGGAACUGAUUAGCUGGAAAAUAUUGGACUUGUGUGAACCAAUUUUCCUAGAAUUUGAAUCCAUUAAGGCACACUUGGAUAUCAAAGUUAUAUUUAAGCACAAUUUAGUGUUUGUUAGAUGAAUCAAAGCAUACUUAGGGGGCCGUAAUAUACCCCUGUGGGCCCACAGUUUGACUUCUUAACUAGGGAAUUAUAUCUGGUGGUUGCUGUUUGACAAUAUUUAGAAGCUGUUGUCUGAAUUAUCUUCAGAUACUUUCUUCUACCUAUGAUAUGGUGGCUCACAUGAAGGUCAUUUGUUUUUAGAAGUGUGUCAGUGACCCAUUUGAUUUAGUGAUCCUCAGGCCUGGAAAAAGCUGUCUGAAUGUAGUCUUGAGGAGGUGGAACUGCCACAUUCCUGGUUAGAUUUGCUUAACAAAAUUCAGAUGUGCUUCAUGUAAGAUGCUUAGCUGCCAACCAGAGCCACUCCCAAAGUUUCUUGGCUGAGUGUGUGGGAUUUUCACUAUGUUACCCAGUUGUACCACGUAUCUCCCCUUUUUCCCACAUCUGUUCUCUCCGCUUCUUUCUUCCAUUUGACUAGUUUUUUUCCCCCUUCCACCAAUGUUAUUAUCAUAAAUAUGGCAGCUGAGUUGCUGACUGCUUAAAAUGUGGAAAAUACCACUUUAUAAUUUCUCAGCCAAAGACCAGUCUUAGGCAAAAAGUCAGUGUAUUUCUAUUUCUUUAGAA